AUGCCGACAAAUGGUAACGUAUGCCGAGUGAGCCUAUCAACAUAUGCUUAUAGCAAUGCAUACAAAGGCAUGAGGCUACAGCUACCCAACCUAGUGCUCAUAGAGGCAAUUUGUCGAGCAAUUGAAGGGAAGCUUUUAAGGACAUCUCAGAUUUUCAAAGGUUACAAAGAUCUCCAAACUGCAACUAAUAAUUAUUCGCUGACGCUAGGCCAAGGAGGUUUUGGCUCAGUUUACCAAGGGAGUCUCCCAGAUGGGACUCAACUGGCUGUGAAGAAGUUGGAAGGCGUUGGUCAAGGAAAGAAAGAGUUUGGAGCUGAAGUUAGUAUCAUUGGCAACAUCCAUCAUCUGCACUUGGCCCUGCUCAGAGGCUUCUGUGCAGAAGGAAGUCAUCGACUUCUGGUUUACGAUUACAUGGCAAAUGGAUCUCUUGAUAAUAGGAUUUUCAAGAAAAACAAUGGAGAAUUCAUAUUGGAUUGGGAGACAAGAUUCAACAUACAUUGUUGUGACAUAAAGCCUGAAAACGUUCUCCUCGACACUAGUUACCUUGCCAAAGUCUCAGAUUUUGGUUUGGCAAAGCUAAUGACCAGGGAGCAGAGCCAUGUUUUCCCAAAGCUAAGAGAAACCCAUGGGUACCUUGCACCGGAGUCGAUCACCAACUGCCCAAUAUCAGAGAAGAGUGAUGUGUGCAGCUAUGGAAUGUUGUUGCUAGAGAUCAUCGGGGGGAGAAUUGGGGGGAGAAAGAACUAUGACCCGACAGAAACUUCAGAAAAUUUUCCAUCUUAUGCCUUCAAGAUGUUGGAAGAAGGCAAAAUGAGGGACAUCCUGGACACAAAACUAGGAAAAGAUGAAGCAGACACGAGGGUACACAUCCAUUACGGUUGCUCUGUGGUGCAUACAGGAAGAUAUGUCUUUGAGACCAUCAAUGACGAAGGUUGUCCAAAUGCUUGA